GACGUGGUCCGCUCGGGAGUGGCGGGCGGCGGGCUGAGGGGGCGGCGUGUCUGCUAAGGAGGCCGGGCUGUGGAGGAGGAGCCGGGCUUGCAGCCGCCGCCCUCUCGGCCCUCUGAGUUUCCCGGGCUACCUCAACCUUCCCCAGGCGUGGGUGCCCUCGCGUACAGCCCGGCUCGUCCGCUCGCCUCCAGCCCCGAGGCGGCGUGGCGGGCUGGGCCCACACCCCAGCCCACCGGUGGGACCGUCCGGACCCCGUGGCCCCAAUGCCUGGGCGAGCAGAGCGGAGUGGGUGGCGGUGGUCGGAGCUGUGCCGGGGCUCCCGGGGCCGAGCGCGGCUGCUGUGCUGGGGCAGGCUGCAGGGACCGUGUGUGAGUUUGCCUCCCGAAUUCCAGGACGGAAAGAAAAUGAAGCUAUAACCACUCCAAGGUAUGAUUUGGUCCCCUGGGAUUUAGCAAGAAAGAAGUUGGAAAUACUUCCUGGAAGAAAACUAAAACAAUACAAAAGCCACAGCGUAUUCUUUACAUGUCAGCCACCUUACAAAUAUGGACACAUUUUCUAGCAUAUUCCCACCUGGAGGAGACAGCAGGCUGAAUCCUGAACCUGAGUUCCAAAAUAUGCUAAUUGAUGAAAGGGUACGAUGUGAACAUCAUAAACAAAAUUAUCAGGCUCUCAAAAUUGAACACAAAAGGUUGCAGGAAGAAUAUGUAAAAUUACAAAAUGAACUUAAGCGUGUGUCAAGUGAAAAGCAGGCAAACCAGGAAAAAUUCCAAAUGCUCUUUGAGGACUUACGGAGGGAUAUAUUCGAGAAAGUUAGGGAGAUGGAAAAAAUAAAACUGCAGAUAUUAACACCACAAAAAUUGGAACUGGUGAAAGCCCAACUACAACAAGAAUUAGAAGCUCCAAUGCGAGAACGUUUUCGGACUCUUGAUGAAGAAGUGGAAAGAUACAGAGCUGAGUACAACAAGCUUCGCUAUGAGCAGACAUUUCUCAAGUCAGAGUUUGAACACCAGAAAGAGGAGUUUACUCGUAUUUCAGAAGAAGAAAAAAUGAAACACAAGUCAGAGGUUGCACGACUGGAGAAGGACAAAGAGGAACUACAGAACCAGCUGCUUAGUGUUGAUCCCACGAGAGACAGCAAACGAGUGGAGCUACUCGUUCGAGAAAAAACUCAUUUGCUUCAGAAAUUGAAAAGUUUAGAGGCUGAAGUAGCAGAAUUGAGGGCUGAGAAAGAGAACUCUGGUGCUCAGGUAGAAAAUGUCCAAAGAAUACAGGUGAGGCAGUUGGCUGAGAUGCAGGCUACACUCAGAUCCUUGGAGGCUGAAAAGCAGUCAGCUAAACUACAGGCUGAACGCUUAGAAAAAGAGCUGCAGUCAAGCACUGAACAAAAUACCUGUUUAAUCGGCAAACUGCAUAAGGCCGACCGAGAAAUAAGCACGCUGACCAGUGAGGUGAAGGAGCUUAAACAUUCAAACAAACUAGAAAUAACUGACAUCAAACUGGAGGCGGCCAGAGCUAAGAGUGAGCUAGAAAGAGAGCGGAAUAAGAUCCAAAGUGAACUCGAUGGAUUGCAGUCAGACAAUGAAAUUCUCAAGUCAACUGUUGAACACCACAAAGUGCUCUUGGUGGAAAAAGAUCGUGAAUUAAUACGUAAAGUACAAGCUGCCAAGGAAGAAGGUUACCAGAAACUUGUGGUCUUACAAGACGAAAAGCUAGAACUUGAGAACAGAUUAUCAGACUUAGAGAAAAUGAAAGUGGAGCAAGAGGCCUGGAGGCAGUCGGAGAAGGAUCAGUGUGAGGAGAAGCUGCGGGCCUCCCAGAUGGCAGAGGAGGCGGCCCGGAGGGAGCUGCACAGCAUUAGGUUAAAACUUCAACAACAAAUUGUUAAUACCGAAAAGGCAGAGAAAGAAAAACUUGAAAAUUCUGAACUGAAACAGCAAAUCAGUCAUUUGCAGAUCCAAGUGACCUCACUGACCCAGUCGGAGAACGACUUGCUGAAUUCAAACCAAAUGCUGAAGGACAUGGUGGAGAGACUAAAACAAGAAUGCCGAAAUUUAAGGAGCCAAGCUGAAAAAGCGCAGCUAGAAGUUGAAAAGACACUGGAGGAAAAACAGAUACAGUGGUUGGAAGAAAAGCACAAGCUUCAUGAGCGUAUCACAGACAGAGAAGAGAAGUAUAAUCAAGCUAAAGAAAAACUGCAGCGAGCAGCAACUGCUCAGAAAAAGAGAAAAUCUCUUCAUGAGAACAAAUUGAAGAGACUGCAGGAGAAAGUGGAAGUCUUAGAGGCAAAGAAGGAAGAAUUAGAAACAGAAAACCAGGUGUUGAAUAGACAAAAUGUUCCAUUUGAAGAAUAUACAAGGCUUCAGAAGCGACUAAAGGAUAUACAGAGAAGGCACAAUGAAUUCCGAAGUCUGAUUUUGGUUCCCAGUGUGCCUCCAGCAGCACCGCUCACUCCGGCUGCCUUCCAGCCAUCAGCUGUAGUCCCUGGAGUGGACCUCUCCUUUCCCCCUCAUCUGCAGGAGGAACAACAUCAAAGAGAACUCUCUCUCCUUCGCAAAAGACUGGAAGAACUAGAGACCACACAAAGAAAGCAACUGGAGGAGCUUGGGUCUCCUGGGGAGUGAUGCCAGCCGGCAGAAAGGCAAAGCCAGACAGUCAAUAAAGUGUGACGGGUAACUGUGGCGCUGAGAUGCUUUCUUACCGUUUGCCAAAAUCUGUGAGCUGCCUCAAGGAAAGGUACUAGCUACAGCUGCACAGCAUGGGCUCCAAGAUUUUAGGAUUAUACUAAGAAAAUGAAGUAUUCAUAUAUUUAGAACAUGCAUUGACAACCUUUUGACAAUGCAAAAAUAAAAGGAACUAGUUAGUUUAAAAAAAUCAAGUUUUCAAAUUAAUUUUCAUUUUGUUGAUAUUUUCUGGCAUUUUGCUUGAAAUAUAUCUAUCCUGAAGUCCCUUUUCCUCAUCUUUAAGAUGUCUCCUUGGUAAUAACAAGAUCAGUAAACCUCUCCUUUAUUAUAUAAAAAAGUUUUAGAAAAAUCAUUUAAAAGUAUAAAAAAACUCUUAAAAGUUUCUAAAUAUGUUUAUUAUAGAAAUCUUUACCUUUUCUAAAAGCUGUGCACCUAAGUUAUUGAAUGAC